GGGGGGGGUCAGCUGUAUGCAGUCUUACAAAGAGGCUAAUUUCUAUAAAUCCUUAAUCAACAGAACUAAGCUCUAAUACUAUACUAAAAUUAAGAAAUGAAAGAAAUCUUAAGAAGUCAAUGUACUUUAAAUCCCUUGUAAUACUGAUGUCAGAAAAUAAUGGAUACUCUACUUCAUAAAUGAACAUAUUAUGAUUAAGCACAGAUAGGGGUGUCAAUUUGGGUAAACAGUUCAGGUUUGGGUUGAGUUUAUCAGUUUUGGGUUAUAACGGGUCGGUUUAUAACGAGUUGAAAUAAUUAGCGGGUUGGUUUGGGUCGGUUUUGAAAAUUAUCGAGUCAAUUCGGUUUGGUUUUUUAAUUGCAGUUUCUAUUCGGAUCGGGUCCUUAUUGGGUCGGGUUCUAGUCGGUUCGGGUAAUAAUCAAUUUGGGUUGAACCGGGUUGGUUUGAAAGCGGAUUUGGCCUGUUUAAUGUGGGGUUCGGCUAAAAUCAGUUCGGGUCUUAAUUAGGACGGGUCGUAAUUGGUUCGGGGUCAUACUCAAUUUGGGUUAAAGUGGGUCGGUUCGAAAAUGGGUUUUGAUUCAAAACAGAACGGGUGAAGUCGGAUCCAAUCAUAUCAUUUCAGGUUAUAAUCGGUUUAGAUUGAACUUAGUUGGUUUGAAAACGAGUUUACCCAAUUUGAAGCGAGUUUCAGUUCAAAUCAUAUCGGGCUAAAAUUGAGUCAGAUGAUUAUCGAGUCGAAUUAGUCACAUAACGGGUAGGAACGGGUCAUGCUAUAAUCAAGUCAAGUCAUAAAUAAGUUGGGUUUAUUGAGUAGUGGGUUGAAACGGAUUAAAUCAUAAACAUAUUGGGUUACAGGUUGUAAAUGACUCAGUCAAAACGGGUUACGGGUUUUAAACGAUUUGGUCUCAAUAGGUUACGGGUUGUAAACGGUUCGGUCACAACGGGUUACGGAUUAUAAAUGGUUCGGUCACAACGGCUGUAGGUUUAUCGGAUUUUUAUUGGGUUUUAAUGGUUUUCGGUUUUAAAUUGGUCGGGUUACUAUCAGGUUUAGACGUAAUCAGUUUGGGUUGCUUUCAGUUUCGGGUUGUAACGGUUUGGCUUGAUAACGGGUCGGGUUAGUAACGGUUCGCACAAAUUCGGUUCUGUUCAGUUUCGGGUUGGAAAAAAUUGGGUCGGGUUAGUUUUCGGUUUCCAAAAAACGGGUUUUAAAUAGUUCAGUUCCUUUUUGGAUCGGUUCGAAAUAGUCGGGUUUAACGGUUCGGGUCAGAAACUGACAGGUCUAUAAGCAGAAUAUCUAAUCAUUUCAUCAUGUGCACAAUGACAGUGAUCAUAAGGUCACUAGGUUAUUAUAAAUUUAUUUUAGAACUUGUACUGAUGGAACUUGAUGUGUCCUUAGAGGUUGGGAAUUGAAUAUCAUACCCUGAACUAACUGAAAUGCAAGCACGUGCAAUAUUCCAAACUGCAGUUUCAAUGAGCAACCAGGGUAUUGCAGUUCUUCCUGAGAUUAUGGUUCCUCUUGUCGGAACACCACAGGAGUUAGGGCAUCAAGUGAGUUUGAUACGAGAAGUAGUGACAAAGGUAUUUUCUGAGAUGGGUUCUUCCUUAAAAUACAAGGUGGGAACAAUGAUUGAGAUCCCAAGGGCAGCUCUAAUUGCAGACGAGAUUGCAAAGGAGGCAGAAUUCUUCUCUUUUGGAACAAAUGAUCUCACACAGAUGACAUUUGGGUAUAGCAGAGAUGAUGUUGGGAAGUUCCUUCCUGUAUACUUGUCAAAAGGCAUACUGCAAACUGACCCCUUUGUGGUUCUCGACCAAAAAGGUGUGGGCCACCUCAUCAAACUUGCAACCGAGAAAGGCUGUGCUGCUAGGCCUAGCUCGAAGGUGGGUAUAUGUGGAGAGCAUGGGGGAGAGCCUUCAUCAGUUGUAUUUUUCGCCAAGGCUGGACUUGAUUAUGUUUCAUGCUCUCCAUUCAGAAUUCCCAUUGCAAGACUAGCGGCUGCUCAAGUUGCUGUUUGAAAAACGCAGAUGGUACAUACAGACUACACCAAAUGUAAAUUGUAAAUAAUUGUAUUGUACAUCAUAGUUUACAGGGCUCACCGCUAUCCAAUAAGAAGGGAGAAGCAUCAGUCUUAUUUAAAUGUGUAAUAUUUGAUGCAAAACAAGCGCUACUGUCAAUUUAUGUAUAACAUAAAGUUCUCAGCUUGUGAUCUUUUUGUUCAACUAUUUUAUAAAAGCAUAGUUGUUCAACUAUUUUUUUCAA